CUUCAGGAAAGAUAUUCCCUGGUUUGUUUGGCAGAGUUGUCUCCUCUCACUGCCAUCUCUGGGGGAUCCCGGCCUGUGCUAUCAGCAGGCUUGUGGAAGGAGAGCACUGUCAUAUCAAAAAUCCCUUGAUCACUCAUGUCCUCUGGGCUCAGAUGCGUCUGCUCUCACCUUCUGAGGGAUGUGUUGGCUCUUGGAAUAUCACUCUCUUUCUCCCACUGUCCUCACCCCAUGAUGCACUUUGGCUGCUCCCUUUGCACCCUGACCCAGGGGGCACACAAAGUCCUGCCUACUUUUUCAAAACACACUGCCAGUGCUGAGAACACCCCAGUGCUGCCAAGCAGGUCAGGCUGAGGGCAAUGGCAUUUGGGGUUGCCUGGAGCUGUGGGGGAUGGGGACAGCCCAGUGCUUGAAGAUGGUUUUCCUGGAAAAAAAGUGGAGUUGCCCAAAGGAUUGAGGCCUGGCAGGAUCCUGAGGUCUGGUAGGAUCCUGCAGUACCACAUGCCUAGGGAUGCUCAGGGAGGGGAUGCACUCAGAAACGCCCUGGGUACAAAACCAACUCUCAAAAUACACCAAGGACUGAUGUACUUCCCUGCCCUGCAGACAUGGAGGCAGCUGGGGUAUGCCCCAGGAAGGCAAGGGAAUGCCUUCAGUAGGCAAAUCUCCAGGGAGAGACUCUCGCUACCAGUAGCAAGUCACGCUCUAAUUUUGGGUUGGCUGUGUGUCAGCCUUUUUGUGUGAGGCCAAGCCAGGAGGGUGUGGUGUCUGCAGGCUUGUCCAAGGCAUGGCUGAAUCCCCUCCAGCAAGGGCAGCUUCAUCCUGGCCCAGGGAAGAGGGAUGCUUGGCAGCUCUUUCACAAGUCAGGGAUGCUUGCAGGACUGACAAUGUGUAUUGAAAAUGUGUCCCAUGCUUGUGUGUCCUGCAGAUUAUGGUAAAAAACAUGAAGGAAAUUGCAUUGCGGGUUGAGGAGAGAGGGAGGAACAGGGUGAUAUCCCAAGAGCCAACAGACCCCUCUGAAAGAGGGGAGAGUGUGGUCCAACAAAAGGGCGUCUUCAGGAGUCAAAGAAUUAGGGAGGGCAACAAUCUCCUUCCACAAGCCUGCUGAUAGCACAGGCCGGGAUCCCCCAGAGAUGGCAGUGAGAGGAGACAACUCUGCCAAACAAACCAGGGAAUAUCUUUCCUGAAGGAGAAGAUUUCCUUGGGCAAAGCCAUUUGAAACCAGCAAUGCUCCAAACCUGCCUGGAGAGUUAAUGCCCAGUGCAUCUGCAGCCCCAAGCCAUGUCCUGCUACAGCCCGUGCCGGCCCUGCCAGCCCUGUGGCCCCACCCCACUGGCCAACAGCUGCAAUGAGCCCUGUGUCAGGCAGUGCCAGGACUCCCACGUGGUCAUCGAACCCUCCCCUGUGGUGGUGACCCUGCCUGGCCCCAUCCUCAGCUCCUUCCCACAGAACACCGCCGUGGGAUCCUCCACCUCUGCUGCUGUUGGCAGCAUCCUCAGCUCUCAGGGAGUGCCCAUCAACUCUGGAGGCUUUGGCCUCUCUGGCCUGGGCAGUGGCCUCUGUGGCUCCAGGUGCUUCCCCUGCUGA